CAAUGCCUGCCGAACAUGCUACGACCUCUCUACACGACCCUCCCCAGCCAGACCCUCAACAGUCACAGGUCAAGCUUUGUCUCGCCUGCCGCUGUCCUCUUACCGCCGAAGCGGCCAGCACACCCUUCUCUCUUCACGGACAUGACACAAACGACGCCGUAAGCUUGGAGGCCAGCCCUGUAUGCGCCUCGUGUCGCAUUCCACUUGCACCCCCCGCCCGGGAAGGUCUGUUUGCCGAAGUGGAGAGGGAACUCUUGCGCCGUGCCGCAUCACUGCAGCCUGCAGGCAAUGAGGCACCACAGCAGGUCCACGAGCUUGCCCCUUCCGCCGUCUCGCCGAGUCCCCCGACUAUUGAACAUUGUCCGUCGCCACAGGAUAUAGUGAUGGAGGUCCCUGCCGCGGCUCCGCGCGCCUCGACUGUAGCUGCGCUCGCGACCGAGCUUUCAACAAGCUCUUCUGGACCUGCCACUGUUAUCCCUCGAUCCCCUCGACCUCCCUCCUCCACCCUCAAUUCCCCCAUUCUGACCCGCCCGACUCUUGCCCCAAUCGAUACGAGCAAUCCCCCCUCUUCGUCACAGACGCCUACCAUACGGCGCGCCGAGCUAGCCUCCGCGUCGCAAACAGGCUACCGCCAACGUUCUCAUGCAUCAUCCUCAUCUGGUCUGGACCCGCUGUUGGAUAUCACCCGCCUGCGAGUGCGUUCGCAAGGUCACCACUGCCUAUACCCCGGCGCCACUUUCCAGGGAACGCAGAAGAGUGGCAGGAAUAGCUACGACGUCAACGUCACUAUCGUGGACGUCGACUUCUCCUCUUCACACUUGUGCGGAUACCUCCGAAUCCGUGGUCUGACGGACGACUGGCCCGAGCUUACUACUUACUUCGACGCCGAAAUCAUCGGCAGUCGGUAUGGUUUCCUGACGCGGAACUGGGGAGCAAACGAGCAGGAGGACAUGGUGCAUUGGGCGCGAUUCCCUGCGUUCCGACACGUCAAGAAUGAGCUCAAGAAGCCUCACUUGACGAUGCAGGAUGCACUCAAUCGUGGCGCGGUGUUCAUGCGCUGGAAGGAGAAGUUCCUCGUCCCUGACCACCGCGUGCAGGACAUCAAUGGCGCGAGCUUUGCUGGAUUCUACUAUGUAUGUGUGGACUUCAAUCCCCAGCAGUCAGGCGCAGUGCAGCUCCCGUCCCCCGUGGAGGAGAACGUAGAGAUGGCAACGUCACCGACAAUGACACAUGCAACGAAGCCCGAGACACCCUCCAGGUCUCGACGCAUCUCCGUGACGCGGGGGGCCCGCAGAGCAGGUCGGUCCGCUUCGCGGGGAAUCCCGUCCAAUGUGGCAACGAUGAGUGGCUUCUACUUCCACCAGAAUUCUGAGCCGUACCAGCAGCUAUCUCUCGUUCACGUUCCAGAGCACACGAGCUCGUGCUUCGAGUUCCGAUGAUCAGCUUCAUCUCACUCGCCGACGUCCGUAAUGCUCGCCGGGCAACAGUAAAAGCUGCCGCGAGCACCGCGCGGGUCGGCAUACCUCUGGAUCCCAGGCAUCUGGGCCAGGCCGCUUCCUACUCCUCCAUUUACUUCACCUGUCCCGCGGCUACGCAACCUUUACGUGUUCGUCGGCGCCGUCGGCGCUACCUGUCCCCCCCUCUGCAUUUACUGAAACCCCGCCGGACCAGCUGCUCCCUUGCUCACGACUUAUGGUAGCCGCGCUAACGCCACUUCCAUUCAUACCAGUUGCAUUGCCCGCGAUCUCCCUGUACUAUCUGUUUAGUUUGGUGCCUGUCCGUAGUUCCUACAUAGCUGUUGUAUGACCUUGCAAUGCCACUCUGUU